CUCGCCCCUUGGCUCCUUGCCAUCUGCCUGUCCCUGUUCCUCGCCGACAGCAUCCCGCUGCCGUUGUCUCCCCUGCCGACUUGGCUCCGACAUGGUCGUCAGCACCCACGACUCGGACGACAUGCUCGGCAUCGAGGUCCAGCCUAUCGAGUCGAUGGAGGAGGAUGCCGAGAUGGUCGAGGUGUCCGCAGUCGAGCCCGAACCUGUUCAGCCCGAACCAGCUCUGCCCGCCGACCCCUUCGACCCUUGGGUCCAUCCGGUCGAAGCCUUCAUCCGGAUGGCCCGCGACGAGCCCGAUGCCCUCUGCAUCAACACCUACGAGAGCGGCGAGUCUGUGCGCUACUCAUACCGCGAUGUGUGGAAACAUGCAUACUCAAUCGCCCAGGCUCUCAAGGCGCUUCCUGGCUGGAACGACGACGGCCACGAUGCCGUCGGCACCUUCUGCGAAGGCGAGGCGCACUGGGUGUUCUUCUCGCUCGCCGUGUGGAUGCUGGGCAAGAAAACCCUCAACUUUGGUCUCAACUGGCCAUCGGCUGUCCGCAAGGCCAUCUGUGCGAGACACUCGGUCAAGUACAUCCUUCACCACUACACCAAGCCUGGAAGGACGGAAGGAGUGACGUUGGUGGACGGUGGCACUUUCCCGAUACACAGCGAGGUCCCUGCUCCAUCGCUCGAACUCUGCGAGCCACUCGAUGAUAUCGUGGCAAUCCAGUGUACCUCGGGAACAACUGGCAUCCCCAAAUCUUUCAAGUUUGCACACACCGGAGCCACCACUGGUCGAGUCGCUCUCAGAAUGCUGAAGAGUAGCGUCGGGCUUUUGCAGGCUCCAUCGUUUGCGGCAACAUUGAGCAUAGUUCUAGGUGCUCUAAAUCUGGGUGGAUCUCUGUGGAUUCCUGGGCCCACAAUCAAUGCCGUUCAUAAGGCAAAGGGGAUUACAGAAUCACUUAAUGAUGGAGUCAACUAUGUAUUUAUGGCCCCAUCACUGAUGAAGAUGGUCUUCAACACUGCCAAAUCCCGGAACCCGAACGCCAAAUGGAUGGAAGCGAAGCGUGUUGCAUUAGGCUCCGAAAUUGUUCCAAUGAGUGUCCUUCACCGCACAAGGAUAUACUUUCCAAAUGCACAUCUUAUAUCUGGAUAUGGAUCGAGUGAGGUACCGUUUUUACUUGUCUCAUUGUAUCAUCACUCAGUUGGGCGAUCACUUAACAUAAUCAUUUAUCAGACUGGAGCUGUUGGAUCACUUUCAUAUGUGCAUAUUCCGGCCAACAUCCCCAUCCCAGAGAAGUUGGUCUACAAGCUGGCCAAGCCUGGGGUGCGCUGCCUCUUGUUUGACGAGGAGGGCAAUAUCGUUGAUCAAAAUGUCUCCAAGAGUGGAAUACUGGUCUUUGCCGUCGAUCCUGACCAUCCUGUCCGCAACCACCCCGACUUUGUCAACGCCGAUCCCAACGACAGACUGGCCUCCUUUGGCUUCCUCAGCGACGGUUCGCCCCGAGUCUGCACCAUGGACUGGGUCGAGAUGGUCAGCGAGAACGAGUUUACGGUCGUUGGAAGAUUCGACCAGAAGAUCAAGGUCAACGGCGUCUAUGUCGACCUGAACCAUCUCGAGGCCCUGGUCGUCCAGCACCUGAGCCACACCAUCGCCGACUGUGCGUUUGUCCAGACCUCCGAGAAGAAGAUCGUGAUGCUGUAUGUUCUCCAGGCCCGCCCCACGACCCGCACCGAGCCCAGCGACAUCAUCCGGAUGACCCAGGAUCUGCUUGCACUCGUCAACGUCUCCAAGGUGCCGAUCCACAACUGCUUCCAGCUCGACGAGAUCCCCAUGAUCGAGAAUGGCAAGCGCGACCUCAAGAAGAUCAAGUGGAUCGCCGAGAACAACGAUCUGCACCAAGGAUCCGUUGUGUAUCCCCGUCUCGCCCCCAGCGAGGCCCCGCUGUUUUGCAUCGCGGCUGCAAUCUCCAGCCUCGGCAGCCAGCUCCUCGGGAUUCCCUCUCUCGACGGCCGCAACUACAGCAUCAGCGGGGCUGGGUUUGACUCGCUGAGUGUCGGCCGCCUAGCCCUCGCAAUCAAGGAAGAGUACGAUGUCGAGAUCUCGCCGAUGAUGCUGCUCUCGAACGGCCUGACGCCCCUCGAUGUCGCCCAGCUGGUGAUUGAUCUCCAAGGCAACCACCCGCUGAUGCCGCCGACAGUCGACCUCGACCAGGAGGCCGCCCGGCUCGACGAUGCGAGUGUGACGGCCGAGGGUCUCCCUCCACUUGUCUUUCCCGAGUCGCCUCGCGGCAUCGUCCUGACGGGGGCCACUGGCUUCCUCGGAUCGUUCCUGCUGUACGAGCUGGCUGCCAAGUACCCUGCUGCCAGGAUCUACUGUCUGGUCCGAGCCGCGAGCGACCAGGCUGCCAUCGACCGCAUCUUUGAGACAGCCAGGAAGCUGAUCCUCAACCCGCAGCAGACGCACUACCUCGUGAACAAUGUCAAGCCGCGACUCGUUGGUGUCUGCGGCGAUCUGUCGCUCGACCAGUGGGGACUGACCAACAAGCGAUGGAAGAAGAUCAGCAAGGAGACCGACAUGGUUGUGCACUGCGGCGCCGAGGUGCACUGGCUCGACGACUAUGAGGCGCUCAAGGGGCCGAAUGUCCUGGGCACGGCGACGGCCCUGCGGCUGGCCACGACCCACCACCUGAAGCCGCUGCACUUCAUCUCGGCGGUCGGGGCGAUUCCCAUGGCACGGGGUGCAAGGACGCCGCUCGAGGAGAGAGUGUAUUCCAACUGGAACGUCUCUGGCGGGUAUGCACAGACCAAGUGGGUCUCUGAGCAGCUGAUCAACAAGGCACGAUCGAGGGGAGUGCCUGCAACCAUCAUCCGACCAUCGCUGAUUGCAAGCGACAGUGUCUAUGGAAGUGACUCGCUGGAUGUGAUAUGGCAAUGUGGUGUGGUGGUGUGGUGGUGGUGGUGGAGGUGCAGCAGUUCAUCUCAGCUCACUCUCACUCUCACUCUCACUCUCACUCUCUCAGUGUGCCACUCAGACGACUACAUCUGGCAGUACAUCAAGGGGUGCAUCCGCAUCGGAAUCGCUCCCUCCAAUGCCACCCCCGUGACCAUCACCAUGAAUCCAGUCGACCAUGUCGCCAAGGUGGUCGCUGCAAUCGCUGCCUCCGAGGUGGCCCUGCCCAAGUUUGUGUUCCACAUCAGCGACCCAGAGUGCAGCGUCGUCACCGAGACCAAACUGUUCGAGAUCGUCAAUGCCUAUGGCUGGCCCGUCAUGUUCGAGACCCGCGAGCGAUUCAAGGCCCUGCUUUACCGACCGUCGCUGCCCAACGGCUCGUCGAUGCUGACGCUCAUGCAUCUGAUCCUGAGCAUGUCCUUCCUGGUCGACAACACCAACACCCGGUCGAUCUAUCCGGCCCUCGGUUCCCAGGCCGGGAGGAUCGCCGGGCGAGGGCUGUUGUACUUGACCCACAUCGGGUAUCUGCCACCUCCUCCGAACCCUCCGUCGCCGCUGAGACCCGAGGAGCACCCGCGGCCCAACAUCUUCCGUCCCGACACCCACAACUAGCUCGGUGGUGGAGGUCACUGCAUGUUUGGCAGUGCCAUUCAUGGUGCAUCCCAUGCACAGCCAUGGCCCUCCACUUGCACGGUGCUUCACAUCUCCCUGACACACAUUCCUGAUCUAUCGCUUCGGAGUCAGUGCACGACAUCCAGUGCUUGCCGAUGUGUCCCACUCUCACCCCGUCCACAUACCCCGAUGUCGCCCCAGUCACCCUGUCGGCAAUUGACU